AUGCCCUCUGCCACCACAACCACCAGCCUGCAAGCCCGCGCCGACUGCUUCAGUGGCUCUGUCCACACGGCUCAGCCGCUCGGCCAUCUCGAGACCCUCUUCGAUGUGCAGACCUAUGUCACACGCGGGACCGCGACGUCCAACUCGACCAUCAUUUUCUUGACCGACGACUUCGGCUUGAACCUUGUCAACAACAAGCUCCUUGCCGACCAGUACGCCUCCAAGACGGGCCUGCGCGUUCUCGUGCCCAACCUCCUCCCAAAUGGAGGCGUCCCGCUGUCGACGAUAGGUCUUUCUGAGAAGUUGGCCACAUCCGUACAUUGGUACAAUAUCCUUGGCCACGCAAAACGCGCGUGGGCUGCUCUGAAGAUCUGCGUCAUCCUCGCCGCCUUCUCCUUCCGGGUGCGGAGGACUUUCCCCAUUGUUCUAGGCUAUGUCCGCGCCGUCCGAGCCUCGCUGCCAUUGGGGGCCAAACUUGGCAUCGCCGGCUUUUGCUUGGGAGGACACUGGUCGUCAAGGCUCUGCGCUGAACAUGCUACCGAGGGAGGAGGUUCGCACCUAGUCGGCGCACAUUUCACCGCCCACCCAUCAAAUGUCGACCCCAGUGAGCUCGCCAAGUUUGCGGAGAGGUUUAAAGUACCACAGAGUCUGGCGCUCGGGGACAGGGACGUCGCCUUACCGAUCGACCAGGCGCACGAAUUGGAGACGAACCUAAGGGAGGUCUACAGGAACGAUCUCGACAGAUUGGAAGUUAGGAUAUACGAGAGGUGUGGGCAUGGCUUUGCAUUGCGGGCAGACCCGAGAAAGAUCGAUGAGAACGAAGGGGCAGACAUGGCCCUUGAGCAGGCGGUUGCGUGGUUCCGAAGAUGGCUGGUUUGA